UUGAAAAGAGUUUUUAAGAAUUUAUUAAACACCCAUUUAUUCCCCUCGCCGUGGGAAGUGUCAAGGCAAUCCGUCCAGCGCAGGAGACCCACACCAGCUCGCCCACCUCUGCCAAUCAUCCCCAAAAACCGAGGAAAACGCCCCAGAGAAGGGAAAUAAUAUAAACGAAAGGAUUUUUUCACGAGUUAAUCAUUCCAAGGCGCUCGUGACGUGAGGCUGAAUAAUCCCAAACCCUGUGGCUGGGUUGUUCAUCACUCCACUCCUCCACUUGUUCAUCACUCCACUCCUCCACUUGUUCAUCACUACGACCCUGUGGCUGGGUUGUUCAUCACUAAUUCCUCCUCUUGACACACGGCCCCUGGAAUAUCGCCCGGGGAGGAGAUGAGUUCCGAAACCCCAGAGAAGACUCCACCCACCCGCCCAGCCCCUCCAACGACCCUCAUGAUGAACACAGAGGCGGCCUCGCAGGAGGAAGAGUUCGUGAAAACAUACCGAGAGGCCUACAAGUACAUCGACCAUGGGAUCACACUGGCCACGCAGAAUAUGCACACUCAGGCAGGAUCAGUAUUACAGAAAGGCCUGGCACUCAUAGACAAAGCUCUCACCAUCAAGAUUGAAAACUUCGACUGCAGUGGAGAGAAAAUCCAACAUUAUGCCGAGAUGCAGAACAAGAUGCGGUGUACCAGAAAAGAAGUUUUAAACCACUUCACGGAUAGUCAAUCAGCAAUGAACCCAAGCGGAGGUGCUGCAGCUCCUGGUCUGGAAGAUGCUCCCCCUUCAUAUGAGGACUACCUCAGGUCCCUUGACUCUGGCACUGGCACCUCCAGCAGUGAGGCUGGAAAUGCAGGCACAGGCUCAGUUUCCUACCCACGUCUCAGCGCACUCAACCCACAGGUUCAAGAAGCCGCAUUUACGGAGAUCGCAUCAGAGUCGCCCAUCGUGACACCUGUCAUGUCACCCCAGAAUGGAGAAAUGAUCUUCCAGAUUGAGAAUGGGGUGCAGAUCUUUUUCAUUUAUCCUGAUGGCCGUGUCACCAGUCCGUCCUACCCUUCAUUCCUGGCUGUGUUUACUUUCCCUGAGCCUAUAGGGCAUAAUGCCGGUCCCAAUGGAGCACGAGGAUUCCUGCAAGUGGGAGAGUGGAGCUACCCCCUGAUUCCAGCACGCAGCCCUGUCCUCCACUCCUUCUAUGGGGCCUACAUGUUUCCUGAUGUCACAAAUAAUGUUCCAGGCUCAAGCGUUGGGAUCAUCAUCCCCGACACGGUGGAGAAGGAAACGCUGGAAUUCUUUGAGCAGAUCCUGAUGCAGCUGACCUCCUACCAGGAGCAGAAGACUCCUGAGGGAAUAGACGCGGAGAAGGAGACCGAACUUAUCCACCAAUCCACCUCAGAAAGGAUUGCCUCAGGUUUGGUUGCAGGAGCUGAAGCCAUCUCGAAGGGGGUGGUGUGGGGUGCAGCUAAACUUAGUGAGCUCAUAACCAUCGGCUCUGAAAACUUGAAGGAAUAUGUCCAGCCUGAAGAAAGUAAGAAGGAAAUUGAUCCGAAGUGGCAGACAACAGCCAAGGUGGCACGAGAUGUUUCUGGCAAGGCAGUGAAAGUCAGCGGAUUUCUCUUGAGCCAAGUAGGCAAGGCAACCAUGGCGCUUGGCAGGCGAGUGGCACCCCAUAUCCAGAAGCAUGGAACACGAGCCAUCUCUCACCUGACGGGGCAGAAGGAGAAGGAAGCCAAUUCAAAUGUGGAGGGUGUGUUGGAGGUAGCCGCAGGGGCCGUGAAGGGUGCCUCCACAGUCUACAUGAGUUUAGAGAAUGCUGCUGCCACCCUUGCUACCAGUAUCACUCAGAACACUGUCAAAGUGGUCACUCACAAAUAUGGUGAGGAAGCAGGCAACCUUACAGACAACACACUCUAUGCUGUAGGUCAGACUGCUUUGGUUGGGCAUAACAUCGCUUCACUGGGAGUCAAGGGCAUUGCCAAGCGAACAGCCAAAGAUACAGGGAAGGCUCUCGUUCACCAGCACGAGGAGAAGAAGCAGUCAAAACAAGCAGGGGGAGUGGAACAAGCAGAAGAGGCCAUGGAAGUCACAGAGGAGGAGGAGGACGGAAACAUCCCUCCCACAAAACCCAUUCGAGAAAAGAAGAAGAAACCUCUCUAAGAAGUUCUCUUUUUUAUUUUCUCCUUCAGUUUUUUUUUUUUUUUUUUUUUUUUUCUUCUUUUUUUCUUUCUCGAAUUCUUUUCGUCUCGGUUAAUAUUUCAUUUCACUGUUUUAAAAGAAAAGCAAUGGAUAGUUCAGCUUGUUGUAAAGGACAUUACAUAUACAGGUAAUAAAAUGUUAUCUUGUUGUUGAUAUUAACAGUGAUAGUAUUAUACUAAUGGGCCUUAUCAUCAUAUUUUCUAAUGAUUUAUAAUGUUGUUUUUUUUUCUUAUGCAUAGUGAUAUAUUUUAUAUAUGUUGCUGGAUUAUCUUUACUUCCCAUUCAAGCCAUCUAUACUUACUAUUCUAACAGGAUGAUGAAGCUUAUUCAUUGGGUAUUUCACUGACCAAAAAAUGGCAGGUGGUUAGAAAAGCUUUUGGAUUGUGUUGAAGAUUGGUCCUCCUGUCGGGCCUGGCGUUUUAUGACGGCCAACCCACAGAAAUUACUCAUAGUAAAGUUACACCCAAUGAAGAAAUAGAUAAUGUUAUUUAUAAAGGCUAGAAUGUUUGAGAGAAGUAUAAUUGUGGCUGAGUGUUUAUGUUGCAUUAGAGCUGUUUAUUAUUCCCUAAAACUCACAGACUGGACAGUACAGGAAAGUGCCAUAGCUGUCGGAGUAUUUGGGCCAAGAGAGAGAGAUUAUUGUAAAUAGAAAUGAUUUUUUUAAGAAAUCCAAAAAAUUAUAAAAUGCUUCAUGUAAAUACUUAUUUUUCCUUACCUAAGGACAUCAGAAGAUUAACUUGACAAAUUAAGGUUGCAGAAUAUUGCUGAGGCUGAGUUGAUGAUUAGCUAUUCCCCAAGAGAUGAUCAAUGGAUUUAAAGACUGAGUCAGUUCUAAUAUACUAUAAUAAAGUUUGCUUAUCGUGGCCCAAUUCCUCAUGUUUCAGCCAGGGGGGGAGGUGUAUCCUCAUGUCACAAAUCUGUUACCCGGGUCAUGGUAAAUUUUCUCUCUUCACAUCACAGGGUAACCAUUCCUGCUGGUGCCUUAAUUCUUAAUAAGUGAAAUUCUUGGCUUAUUUUGCGAGUACUUGGGUUUCCUUUGUAGGAUAUUAUCGAAUGAAGAUUUGUAUACAUUAUUGAUUUCAUAAUUGUUUGCGUUUUGCCUUAUGUAUUUUGUUAUUAUUGUUUUAAUAUAAAAUGUGUAUGAUAAAGCAUUGUUAAAAUGCACUUGCCAUGGAUGUAUAUUUUAAAAGUUUCCAGGUAAAGUCCAGACCAUGCAGCAGUUGCAAAACUUUCAGAAAUCCACAGAUUCUGACAUAAUGAGAAUUCUAUGUACAAGGUCCCAAUGUUGAGGUCACAAAACUUGUAUCAAAAUACCUCGUAGACAAUUUCUUGCCAGUAUGAAAGGAUUGGUGCUUGUGUGUACAUAUGUUUUAUAGAUGAAUGAACUGUGAGUAGCAUGCAGCUUUGAAUUCUCUGCUUUGAAGGAUCUGGCUAAAUUUUGUAUUCAUAUUUAGUGUACUUGUGUUGCAUUGCACUAGUUUAUAUAGCAUUCCAUUCUGUUUAUCUCUUUCAUUCUCUUUGCUUUUUCGUCUUUCUUGAAGUAGGUAGUGUUCUGAAAGUUGAAGCAGCUCAUGUAAAAUAUUUUCUUCUGAAUUAUGCACACCCAGUGAAAGUAUAUUUUCUUCCACUGUUUGUUUAUUUACCUGUUAUAUUAUUUUUGUAUUAAGUGAUUGAUUAAUUACUUUUUAUUAUUUUUACAGCAGCUUUUUGGUUUGUUUGUUUGUUAUUUUGUUUCUUAUUAAGGAGUACCGUUGUCUUUCUGUUUCUUUUAAUAGUGGAACUUAUUCGGUAUAGACUGAAGUAGUGCUUGAAAAGCUAGCUGUUAAUGGAUGAGGAAACAAUAUUAAAGAUCCUUCUUUUCCUCCUCUUCCUCCUCCUCCUCUUCCUUUUUUUUUUCCUCCUCCUCCUCCUUCUCCUCCUUUUCCUCCUCCCCCUCCUUUUCCUUCUCUUCCUCCUCCUCCUCCUCCUCCUCCUCCUCCUCCUUCCCCAUCUACAUUUUCAUUUUCAUCAUCAUCUUCAUCUGCACAUUCAUCCUCCUCAUCCUCUGCUUUUGGCUCAUUACGUGUACAUUCUACACAGAAUGAAGAAAACUACAAGCAAAUUAUUUUGAAGAAGACUUCAUUUGAUCAAAUAAUGACUUUCCUGCUUCUGAUUCAGCCCUGGAUAAAGAAAUGAAUGCCAAGUUUCAUCCCUUCUUUAACUGUAAAUUGUAUGUUUUUUUUUCACAUUGCCCUGAAAAUGCUUUUGUUAUUUUGUGAUUCUUUGUAUGUUAGAGGAAGAUUUGCAUUUGGUGACCUGAAGGCAUAAGUAUACUUGCUAUGAGUUACAGCCUUUUUUUUUACAGCCUUUCUUCUUCUUUCUUCUUCUUCUUCUUCUUCUUUUUCUUUGAGUCUAGCCUUUUUAUGUUAAUGUUUUCUUUCUUCUUUUCAUUUCAAUCAUUAUAAAACAUUUAUUGUGUAUGGUUUAUCCCUAAAUAUUACAUUAAUUUUUUGUCACUCAGCUUUAAGUAUUCCAAAAUCAUACAAGUAAACUAUGAUCCACUCACAGAUUAUUUAUUUUUGUAUUUUAUUUUGUUUUUGUUUGCGUUUGGUUUUAUAACGUUCGAUAAGUGUGUUUGUGUCUGAUUUUAUUGUGUUUGAUGUGUGAACUAAAUUAAUAUUUCGUUAUUUUCUUCCAUGUAACCAAUGUGAAUGUCUUAAAUUAUUACAUGUUUUCUAAAAAAAAAUAAUAAAACAGUCCUGUUGGCAGUGUUUAAAAACUGUUUUUGUUUAUAAUUAAUAUUAUUAGCAGUUUCAGUAACAUUCUAAGUGUCAAUAUUAUUUGGAUUGUUGUAAAAAAAAAUCAUUAAUAUUUUUUUUAUUACUUCUUUCUUUAUAUGUAAUUAACUUUUGAAAUGUGUUUCUCUCAGGAUUGCAGAUAUUGCAUUGCAUUACUGAAGUAAACCAUUGUCAUAUUGUUUACAUAAUUUCCUCUGUAUUUUGUUAUGUUAGGGGAAAUCCCUCUUUUAAAGAAUAUUGAAUAAACCAUUCAUUGUAACAUAAACAUUGAAUAAUACUCAUUUAUGCAUUUUUCUAAUGUCUAAAAUUUUGUUGCACAAUUUCAUAAAUGUCACGGAGCUUUGGGACUUUUUUCCUAUAAAGUCCAGCAUCCAGCAUUGCAAAUGAUAAAAACAGCACCAAGACAAAAUUAUUUGAUCUUUCCCCUUUUUAUUUCCUUUCUCCUUUUCAUGUUUAGAACCUAUAGGAAUGAAAGAAUACUGUAUUUUCAGGAAACAUUUUUACAGGAAGCCUGAAUAGAAAACCACUUUUUGUUAUGCCAUAUCUAUUGUCUCGUACAGAUCUCACACAAGCUUCAAACUCCAAAAAGCAAAAUAGGAGAAUAGAUGAUAUGCAACAAAUCAACAAAGCAACGGAAAUUUGUAAGCCUUAUAUGUGCAACCAAACCUAUGAUAGCAAGCUUUAAUAAAGGAUGAAAAAAUA